AUGGAAGGGUUUCAUAAAAAGCUACAUAAUGAGGUAUCUGGAGGUGAUUUAAUCCGUAUAAAAGGUGCUGGAAUAAACCAAACAGAUGAAGACGGAAACACAAUUUUACAUGUUGCUGUGCAGAACGACCAGGUUAACACCAUUGAAUACCUCAUUAAACAUGGCGCCGACUUGGAAAAGGUGAACGCGAAUGGACAAACCCCCUUACAUCUUGCUGCAUCGCUCGGACAUCUUAAAGCAACAAAAGUUAUACUCAGUCACGGAGCGAACAUUGACAAGAUAAAUAAAGAGGGACAAUCUGCACUUCACAUUGCUCUAAUUAAGGAUCACCGAGAUGUUGUGCGAUACUUAAUCAACAAGGGGGCAAAGGCCUUCCAUGAGGUCAACGUCGCAGAAAGCUCACCUCUACACAUUGCUGCAGAAUACGGCGCAACGGACAAAGUUGAACACCUGAUUGGUCAAGGAGUUCAGGUGGACCAGGUGAAUGCUGAAGGUUCGACUGCAUUGCACAUGGCUGCAAAAAAUUGUCAUCUUGACGUCACCAAAUAUCUUGUCAGUGAAGGAGCUGAAUUGGAGAGAGAAGAUAAUAGAGGAAGGACAUCCUUACAUUUUGCUGUUAAGUCGGGCCAUCUGGAAGUUGUCAGAUAUCUAAUCUCCCAAGGAGCUAAGGUGAAUAAGGGUAAUAAACAAGGUUGGACGGCAUUGCACCUUGCUGCUGAGGCGGGUCAUCUUGAUGUUACAAAGCAACUUAUCCUUCAUAGAGCUGAUGUGAAUAAAAGAAAUGAUAAUGGCAUGACUGCUUUAGUCAGUGCAGCUUUUGGGGGUCAUGUGGACGUCAGCAAAUAUCUCAUUAGUCAAGGUGCUGAGAUAAAUAUAAAAACUACUUCCGGUUUAAUGGCAGUGCACAUUGCGUCGGAAAUGGGCCAUCUUAAUGUCGUUGAGUACUUGUUAAGUCAAGGAAUUAGAGUAGAUGAGUGUGAUAGUUCUGGGCACACGCCAUUGCAUACCGCCAUUCGACAUGGUAAUACCGAUCUCUCAAAGUGCCUAAUCGGUCUUGGUGGUGAUGUGGACGUGAACAAGCGUGACCUCAAUGGUUCGACAGCAUUGCAUCUUGCUGCUGAGUUUGGUAAUCUCGACGUCACCAAAUAUCUGAUCAGCAAAGGCGCUGAGGUGAAUAGCAGAGACAAUGAGUUUACCACUGCGUUACACAUUGCUUGUAAAAAUGGCGAUCUUGAUAUUUCCAAGUAUCUGAUCAGUGGAGGAGCUGAUGUAAAUAAGAGAAGAAAUGACGGUCGCACCUCGUUACACAUUGCUACACAAGCAAAUCAUCUACAUGUCGUUGAAUAUCUGAUCAGUCAGGGAGCGGGCAUAAACACGCAAGACGAACACGGUUUAACCGCGUUACAUCUUGCUGCUCAGGCAGGUAAUUUUGACAUCACCAAACAUCUAAUCCUUAACGGGGCUGAAGUCAAUAAGGCUAAAUAUGAUGGUUUUACAGCAUUAAACAGCGCUGCUGAGAAUGGUUAUCUUGAUAUCACCAAAUAUCUAAUUAGUCAUGGAGCUGAAGUAAAACACACUGACAGUAGUGGUUCGACGGCAUUACACAGCGCUGUUGGAGGUGGCUGUCUUCAUGUUGCAGAAUAUCUCGUCGCCCAAGGAGCUGAUGUGCAUAAGGAAAAUGAUGCUGGUCAGACUACAUUCCACAUAGCUGUUAAGAACAGUUUUCUUGAUGUCACCGACUAUUUGAUUGGUCAAGGUGCUGAUGUUAAUAAAGGAGAUAAUGACGGCCACACUGCAUUACAACGUGCUGCAAUGUAUGGGUUUAUUGAUGUUGUUGAAUAUCUGAUAGGUCAAGGUGCAGAGAUAAAUAAAGGAGAUAAAGACGGCCACACUGCUCUUCAGUAUGCUGCUGAGAAUGGUUGCACUGAUGUAAUUGAGUAUCUGGUAGGUGAAGGAGCCGAUGUGAAUAAGGGAGAUAACGGCCGCACUGUAUUACACAUUGCUGCUGAGAAUGGUGAUCUUGGGUUCAUGGAGUUUCUGAUAAGACAUAGAGCUGGUGUCAAUAAUAGUGACAGUAAGGGUUGGGCGGCAUUACACAGCGCUGUUGAACGUGGCUGGCUCCAUGUUGCAAAAUAUCUGAUUGCCCAAGGAGCUGAUGUGAACAAAACAAGCAAUGAUGGUGAGACAGCAUUAGACAUUGCUACUAAGAAUGGUUAUCCCGAUGUCAUCAAAUACCUGAUAGGUCAAGGAGCCGAUGUGAAUAAGAGAGAUAAUCAUAGUUACACUGCAUUGCAACAUGCUGCUAAUAAUGCGUCUCUUGAUAUCGCUGAACAUCUUAUACAUCAAGGAGCUGAAGUCGAUAAAAGUGACAGUGAUGGUAGAACGCCGUUGCACAUCUCCACUCUACAAGGUGACAUGGAUCUUACAGAGCACCUAAUUCGUCUCGGUGCUGAUGUAAAUAAGAGUGGAAACAAUGGUUCGACAGCACUGCAUCUUGCUGCUGAAAUUGGUAAUCUCGAUAUCACGAAAUAUCUGAUCAGCAAAGGCGCUGGGGUAAAUAGCAGAGAGAAUGAUUUUUCGACUGCGUUACACAUUGCUUCUGAGAAUGGAGAUCUUGAUAUUGCCAAGUAUCUGAUCAGUCAAAGUGCUAAUGUGGAUAAGAGAAAAAAAGACGGUAUGACCUCGUUACAAGUUGCUGCACAAGCAAGACAUCUACAUGUCGCUAAAUAUCUGAUCCGUCAAGGAGCCGGGCUUAAUAUUCAAGACGAACGCGGGUCGACUAUAUUACAUCUUGCUGCCAAGAAGGGCUAUAUUGAUUUCACCAAAUAUCUGCUCACCCAAGGAGCAGAGUUGAAUAAGGAAGAUAAUGACGGCCACACUGCAUUACAAUAUGCUGCCAUGUAUGGGUUUCUUGAUGUCGUUGAAUUUCUGAUAGUUCAAGGAACUGAUAUUAAUCAAGGAGAUAUUCACGGUCGCACGGCAUUACACCUUGCGGCUAAGAGUAAUCAUGUUCAUGUCAUCAAAUAUAUGAUAAGUCAAGGGGCCGAUGUGAAUAAGGGAGAUAAUGACGGUCAAACCGCAUUACACUAUGCUGCUGAGAAUGAUCGUCUUGAUGUCACCGAACAUCUCAUACAUCAAGGAGCUGAAGUCGAUAAAAGUGACAGUGAUGGUAGGACGCCAUUGCAUACCGCCACUCUACAAGGUGAUAUAGAUCUUACAGAGCACCUUAUCAGUAUUGGUGCUGAUGUGAACAAGCGUAAAAACAAUGGUUCGACAGCACUGCAUCUUGCUGCUGAGAUGGGAAACUUCGAUAUCACCAAAUAUCUGAUCAGCAAAGGCGCUGGGGUAAAUAGCAGAGACAAUGAUUUUACCACUGCGUUACACAUUGCUUGUAAAAAUGGCGAUCUUGAUAUCGCCAAGUAUCUGAUCAGUGGAGGAGCUGAUGUAAAUAAGAGGAGAAAUGACGGUCGCACCUCGUUACACAUUUCUACACAAGCAAAUCAUCUACAUGUCGUUGAAUAUCUGAUCAGUCAGGGAGCCGGGCUGAAUAUUCAAGAUGGACGCGGGUCGACUGCGUUACAUCUGGCUACUAAGAAAGGCUAUAUUGAUGCUACCAAAUAUCUGCUCACCCAAGGAGCCGAUUUGAAUAAGGGGGAUAAUGAUGGGCGCAAUGCCUUACACCAUUCUGCCUUAUAUGGGUUUCCUGAUGUUGUUCAAUAUCUGAUAGAUCAAGGAGCAGAUAUGAAAAAGGAAGAUAAUGAAGGCCACACUGCCCUACAACACGCUGCCAUGUAUGGGUUUCUUGACGUUGUUCAAUGUCUGAUAGAUCAAGGAGCGAAUGUGAAUAAGGAAGAUAAUGAAGGCCGCACUGCCCUACAACAUGCUGCCAUGUAUGGUUAUCUUUAUGUUAUUCAAUAUCUGAUAGGUCAAGGAGCAGAGAUAAAUAAAGGAGAUAAAGACGGCCACACUGCUCUUCAAUAUGCUGCUGAGAAUAGUUUUACUGACGUAAUUAAGUAUCUGGUAGGUGAAGGAGCCGAUGUGAAUAAGGGAGAUAACGGCCGCACUGUAUUACACAUUGCUGCUGAGAAUGGUGAUAUUGGGUUCAUGGAGUUUCUGAUAAGACAUAGAGCUGGUGUCAAUAAUAGUGACAGUAAGGGUUGGGCGGCAUUACACAGCGCUGUUGAACGUGGCUGGCUCCAUGUUACAAAAUAUCUGAUUUCCCAAGGAGCUGAUGUGAAUAAAACAAACAAUACUGGUGAGACAGCAUUACACAAUGCUGUUAAGAAUGGUUAUCCCGCUGUCAUCAAAUACCUGAUAGGUCAAGGAGCAGAUGUGAAUAAGAGAAAGAAUGAUGGUCAGACUUCGUUACAAGUUGCUACACAAGCAAAUCAUCUACAUGUCGCUGAUUAUCUGACCCAUCAAGGGGCCGGGAUCAAUAUUCAAGACAAUCAUGGGUCGACUUCAUUACAUCUUGCUGCCAAGAAGGGCUAUAUUGAUUUCAUCAGAUAUCUGAUUAUCCAUGGAGCAGAGUUAAAUAAGGAAGAUAAUGACGGUCACACUGCAUUACAAUAUGCUGCCAUGUAUGGGUUUCUUGAUGUCGUUGAAUUUCUGAUAGUUCAAGGAACUGAUGUUAAGCAAGAAGACCUUCACGGUCGAACUGCUUUACACCUUGCAGUUAAGAAUAAUCAUAUUCAUGUCACCAGAUAUCUAAUAGGUCAAAGAGCCGAUGUGAAUAAGGGAGAUAAUGAAGGCAAAACUGCAUUACAAUAUGCUGCUAUGAAUGGCAAUCUCGACGUAACCAAACAUCUGAUCAACCAAGGAGCUGAUGUAAAUAAAAGUAACGACAGCGGUUGGACAGCGUUGCACAGUGCUGCUUUCCAAGGUCACCUUAAAAUCCUUGAAUAUCUGAUCAAGGAAGGGGUCGAUGUGAAUAAGGAAGAUAUGGACAGUGAUACCGCUUUACACGUCGCAACCUUCAGGGGUCAUCUUGAAACAACGAAGUAUCUGACUACCCAUGGUUCUGAAGUAAACAAAGGUGGUAAUGGUGGCAAUACACCAUUGCACUAUGCGGCUGCAAAAGGCCAUCUUUCUGUCACACAGUAUCUAAUUCGCCAACAAAUGGAUGUAGAUGAAUAUACAACUACGAGUGGCCCGCCUCUAAACCAAGCUAUCGGAAAAGGUGACUUUGGCAUUGCGACUUUCGUCAACCAAUGGGCGGAGGUGAAUAAAGCAAACAUUGACGGCAGAACCGCCUUACACUUUGCCGCAGAAAAGGGCCAUACUCUCGUCGUGGAAUGCCUUCUUACUGAAGGAGCUAUCGUGAAUAAACGAGAUAAUGGUGGCUGGACAGCAUUACACUUUGCUGUUCAAAAUAGGCACUUUUGUAUGGUUAAAGUUCUGUUAAAGGGAGGGGCACGUCCAGACAUAGAAGACAUUCACGGACAGACAUCUCCACAGCUGUCCCAGUUACUUGGGUACAAAGACAUCACUGAUCUUCUCACCAAUGGUCGCAAUACAGAGUUGAGCCAUGUUGAUGUACUCGAUAUACAACAUGCCAUAGAACACGGUCACACACUCUCCAUUGAGAAGAUAGUUUCAAGUGGAGCUGAUCUCAAUGCCCAGUCUACUGACGGUCAGACGUGUCUUCACAAAGCCAUCAAACUCUGUUACAAGCCUGGGAUAACUGUAGAAGGAAGUGCCACACUAAAGAGGAUUUCGGAUGAGUUUUACGAUGGAAAACUAUCUCCUGAGAUGGCCCUCGUGUUUUAUCUCCUGGAGAACGGAGCUAGGAUAGACGUGGAGGAUGCAGAUGGCAACUUACCGAUCCAGUAUGCCAAGGAUGAGGUGGUCAGACAGAUGAUUUUAUCGAGAUUUACUUCACCGGAGAACAUCAAAUCAUACCGAGAAAUUGGACCCGCGCCGUCAAUAAAGUCUGUUGAGUUCGGAGCUGAUGACACUUUGGAAACAGCACUAGACGAUCAUGGCGUAUCAGUGAUCAUACCUCCAGAUGCCAUUCAUCAGGAUCACUCACGUCGGAUCACCGUAACCCUUUUAGAACACCCUUCAUGUCUGGAUGUUCAGGAAGAUGAAUCAUUGGCAUGCUGUGGUAUCAAGUGUGAUCCUGGAGAUAUGAUCUUCAAUAAACCCGUGAUGAUCAGAAUUCCACAUUGUUUCUCCGUCACCAACCCAGAUCAAAUACAACCAGAUAUCGUCUGCUAUGAAUGGGAUUCAGUGACCGAAAUGAAAUGUAUUGGAUCGUGA